CGCCUCCACAGUACCUCUCCUCGUCUGAGGCUCCUCAGUCCACCCUUUCCUUUUGUUAAUCUUCUCCUGCUCUUUUCCGUCGCCAGCUCGCCUCACCCUAACCAUUGUCACCGGCUCAUCCACGGCGGGUCUCCACCGCUGUCCCCCGGCUCGCUUCUGUUCGCCUGGUUUAAACCGGCAGCGGCCGCUAGGCCUCUCCUGGAGGUUUCGAUCGAUCGAAGAAGAAGAAGAAGAAGAGAGAGAUGGGGAGCAGCGGCGGAGUGGAUCUGGAGGACAUACCGUCGGUGGAUCUGAUGACGGAGCUCCUCGGCCGCAUGAAGUGCGCCUUUAAGCCCGACAAGCGCCUCAUCCUCAUCGGUAUUGUUGCUGCUCAAAUCGGUUGAGAUUGGAUGACGGACACCUGAUCCUCGUGUAGGGAUGUUGAUGCUGGAGCGACCUGCAAAACAAAUUUUCAAAUCGAAAGUUGUGGCUCCAACGAGACCCUUUGAUGCUCAAGUCAGAAAAACAGAGAACGAAAGAACAGCAAUAAAUUCUCUGAAUGGGAUUUUAUUUGAUUUAUCUGGGUCUUUGGGGCUCUGAUUUUUUAUAUAGAAGAAUGUUGGACAGUUGGAUUGUUAGUUGUGAGAUUGCACGAUCUCGAGAUUGUCGGAUCGUUAGGCAUUCUAAACUGGGUGAGGCAAUUUCAUCCUUAAUCGCUCCCACGAGAUCAAGAGAGACGGUUGCACCAAAUCUUAUCUAUUCAGGAUAGACAGCUGUUGCAUACAUUGAAGAGAUAAGUCGGUUGAGCAGCUCAUAUACAGACUAAACCUCGAAGAUGCCUCAGCUCAGUAUGAAGGCGAACUCCUCAGCUCAUACGGCGGUCAGCAGUCGUGUUGACGACUUGAGAACUUGACAUUUCUUGUGAUAUAGUGCUGAUCCGAGGUGCUUACGAUAACCACCAUAACACUAUCCCUUGCUCCUGAGUCUGAGAAUUAGACGAAGGUAGCACUCCAAAAGUGCUUCGGAUCCCAUGUCAUGUGCUUUUGCAUUUAAAGCGUAUGACGUCAGCCUAACACGAUUGACACGGACGAGCACAACUGAUGGGACUACUCAGAUGACGAUCUUUUCAAGAUUUUAAUUACUUUAUGGCGGUUUUUUAUUUUCUUCCUCUUUUAAAUUUAUGCUUUGAAGGCAUGGAUGGUCACAGAUCUUUUUCGUGCUAAUUAUUCAUUAUGAUUCUUUGGAGCAAGAUGGAUUCACAGUGCGUGAAGAGACUCGAGCAGAUUCUGGCUCGUAGGAGGUAAGUUGUGGUUUCGAUUAUUGAAACGAGAUUCGCGGUCAGGAAAGAAGAACAUGCUGCUCCUAUCGUUGAGCCCACGGCCCUGUCAUUGGAAGUCGUGAUGCAGAAUUCUCCAUAAAAAGUUUCAGUCAAUGGAGCAUCGACGGAGACGACGGCAAAAAUGAGCGCUGAGGGAUGCUCCCAAAAAGACCCAAUUAAUGUAGUGUGGAUGGAGAAGGCGGUCGACAACCCAGAGAUGGAUCUGGCGACGACGAUGGAGAUCGGGGGAUCUUUGAAGAUGGUGACUCCUGCUGGACGCUGUCUAGCAUCUACUUCUCAUGUGGGACCCUCGGAUUCAUUCCCUCAUGCUCCAUCUGUGGAAGAGAAUCUCCAAUUCAUGGUGGAGUAUUUGAUGAACCUCCUACCGCCAGUCGAGAGGUUGUUCCUCAACGAACAAAGAGGGGAGAGGCGAUCUGCUGACGUUUUGAGAUCCCUUGUACAUGUGGGUCAAUGUCUGAUAAGCCUCAUCAAUUCCAACCUUAGUACUCCGAUGAUGGAGAAAGAGAAAAUUGAUUUGUUGAAGUAUAAGUUAGAGCACCUAGAGAAAGAUAAUGCUGAGUUGGCCAAGGAGCUCAGCUUUACGGAAGAGGCUCUUCAAGAAGCCCAGGAGUCGAUUCUCCAUCGAGAUGAAGAACUACGGCAGGCCGAAAGACAGAUUGAGGCCCUCGAACAACAAAAAUCCAUGGCCGAUAGGAGGAUUGAAGAUCUCGAAGGGUGGAUCAGAAUCCUCGAGUGGCAGAGGUCUAAGGCUGAGAGAGACUAUCGUUGGACCCGUGAUGAUCUGGAGCAUCUGAAGGGGAUACUUGAAGCGAGAAGAGAUUUUUCUUGUCUUGAAUCUCGCUCUCGAAGGAGUCCCGAUGGUGGUCCAUCCAAGAGGGUCAGAAUCUUCGAAAGGACGAGCUGUGGAGAGAGAGCUCCUCGAGGAGACAAACGCUUUGCUGUCAAAGGGGUUCAGGCCUCCCUAGAGCUGCUCUCGGGAGUCCAGGAGAUUGGAUCGGAGGUGGAGCAUCUGAAGAAGAGAUUGGAAGAGAGAAAGGUAAAUCAUAAGAUUCUCUAGGGCAAAUUUAUAAGUCAGGGGAUUUUACUCAAAUGUGUUGAAAGCAGAAGACAGUUGGAGAAGGAAGGGGCUAAGAUCAUAGCCCAAGUGCCCAAGCUUGCAAGAUGGCAUUCUUUGUGGGCUUCGAGAAGUGCAAGUCCAUUGUCCAGGUGCAUAUUCCUCCUGAUUUUAUCAAGCAUCUUCAAAUCAAUUGUCUGGAUGAAAAUUUACAGGCGGUGUUGUCAGAAAAUUGAUCGAGGUUUAUAAUGUCAUCCCACUUUCCUGAUGAGAUAGACAAGAUUGACAUAGCCAUCCAGAUCGAAGGCAUCGACAGCGUCGAGGAAUACAAUCCCACAGACGACCAUCCCAGCAAUCUCCCUGAUGAAUGAUUUAUGUUCUCUUCUUUUUUAUUUUCUGUGAUCCGAGGCUUUUGAUCUUGUAAUAGAAUCCCCGUAGGAACAGAUGUAUCUCUUCUUUUGAUGAAUACGAAUUAUAUUUUUAAAUAUGAGGAUAAAAAAUAACAUAGGCUUGACCCUUGGCUGUAAUUACAAAAUUUGAUUAGAGUAGUAGCCUAGACGAAUACUUAGCCUGUGUCAUGCUUCAAGCAAGGCAUGAGCUAAGCUGAAGCUAGGGUGAAAAUCUGAGCCAGCCGCAGCUGUGUUAGAAUUGCAAAUAUAGUGGAGAAUAUAAUUUCCAUUCCGUUUCGGGGUAAAUUUUUAUACCUGUCAUAUAAAUUUUGAAAAGACUGAAAUUCAAAGUGCAUCCGCAUGAGAGAAAUUGGCGCACGUCUGCACAUGUUCCUCCGAAAGUGGCAUAAAAUGUGAUUCGUCUGCUAUUGACAUUAACUACCAUAUCGGUAGCAGCAAUCACGUCCAUUCACAAUCUCCACAUGUCGCGUGUAUGUUAGUCUUCUGUCGAUACACCUCUUCUGCAAUUAAUGCGUCGAUGGAAGGCGGCUUUUGGAGGUCCCAUUUCAGUAUGAGGUUAUUUAAAAUCCACAGAUAGAACAUGAUGCGGGCCUCAUCAAGUUCUGGUUAUCUUCUCCUUCUGCUAUGAGUUCUUCUAUUCUUCGUCCUUUCGUGGCAUUCCUGCAUGAGAAAGAGAGACGGCCAUUAUGCAGUUUGACUUCGCUCCACUGGGUUUCAGAUCAAAAUUGACAGAGCGGGAUAUAAUCAUGCUACAUGAACAAUAUCAAAUACCUCUCGCAUUCCAAUUUGAAGUCUCGGGAUCAGAUGAUCGAGUCUGUUGUCCGCCCUCAGGGCGUAUGGGCUUCUAUGAGAAGUGCUUUCGGAUUGAGCUUUCUCUCUAUUCCUUUUUUUGUGGCGCUCCAAUAUUUUGAAAUAUCGCCAUGUACGAUUGUGCUGAAUGCGUGGUGACAUAUUUGCAGCUUCAUCGCAAUAUGCGUGUUGGUCGGGAUUGCACCGAAUGCGCAUUCUUUCGUUCUUUCUUCAGCCUCAAGCGACACCCAGACUUGCAUGGGUGAUGGUACGUAACUCCGCGAAGGACGGCUUUCGCUGAUAUUCUCGGGUAUACCUUCCAUCGUGCAUGGUUGGAGACCAAGAUUGCUCUUCGUCUUGCAGAUAUCGGGCGAAAAUUGGAAUUUUAUGACCUGGGGAGAACCUCGAGAAGUUGCACUGAAGGAACCUUCAACAAGCGAGAGCCUGGAGCAGGAAAUGGUAGCUCUGCGAAGCUUCAGGGUUCUGGAGUUGAAAGAGCUGCUGUCGGCUCAAACGCUGUUCCAUGUCGGUAUCAGUCAAGUCGCUCUUCAAGGUACGUGAGUCAGCUGUCUUGGUCUUAAAUCUUCUGGCUUUGUUCGUCUUAUAAUUUGAUCACCAUGAUCAUAGAGCUGAAUGCUGGAAAGAGCUCGAGCCCACCAAAGGAGAAUAGGAAAAUCCUGCGGAAAAGAGAUGCUAAGCCUGCCAUUGGGCGGAGCCUUCGGGCCAGAGUUGGAGAUUCCCCACAAUCGAUUUUGGAGAUCAGAGAAUCUGAACCUUCUCAUUCGGAAGGCCAUGAGAUUAUGCAGGUGAAAAGCGGCUCGUCUACCACCUCAGCUACUGCAGACGACUGGAUGAGCCAUGCAGAUCAAGGUUUGAAAGAGGUGAUUCUGAGCCUAUUCGUUCCUUCCAAUUCACCGACUCGACCAGCUUCAUCUGCUGUCGGAUCCUCCUCGGAUGAGGCACUAGCCAAGGUUGCGGGUGCAUCUGGAACUACACCAGUUGAACUGAAGCUUGAGGCUUCAACGCUGAGGGAUCCCAUGCUGGCGAGCGAGCUACUUUUUGGACUGCUCCUUCCUGCCGACGCGAACAAGCUACUGGGCAUUCCUCGGAGAGAUGAGGAGAGGAGCCAUGGAUUGUCUCAUUCAAGUAUGUUAGAGCUUUUUCAUUUAGCACUUAUUGUAUUCUUAGUUAUUGCUUAUGAAUUUUUCUUCACUUAUCAGCUCGUCCUUUAUUUGAACGGGUACAUCGAAAGCUCCCACGAGCUGGCCAAAAAGGUGAAGUAGUCUGGGUUCGAAGUUGAGAUGCUCAAAAAAGCAAAAGAAAAAGCCAAGAAGAAGGUUGGAGAAGUCUCCAUGAAAGCCGACGCCGUCAAGAGGAGAGCUAAAGAUACUGUGGCAGCGUUGAGGAAGGCAGUAGAGGAGAAUUCACGACUGCUGGGCAAGGUAGAGGAGUUCAAGGCUCAGGCGAAGAGGAACGUAGCCGCUAGUGAGGAGAACUCUUGCCUGCAAAAGAAAAUAAAAGAACUGAAGGCCCGACUGGGGACGAAGGAGAAGUGAACAGCCGAGGCUGCUGCCAAGGCUGUGGAAGACUUCCGAGCAUCAGAAGAAUACGAGGAAGAAAGGGCUAAGUAUUCCACUGAUGCUUAUGACAUCAGGAGGCAGUCUAUUCGAAUUCGAGUCGCUGUCAAAUAUUCCGAUUUGGAUCUGAAUUUCUUGGAUGAAAUUUGGGAUCCUACCACGAUGGAUGUCUCAGCGGCCAGCACCUCAGCUUCAGAUGUCGUCUUGUAAUUUCUGUAUCUCUUUUUUAUGUUUUAGGAUCAUUUUAAGAAAAUUUUCAAAGGAAUAAAAUGAGUAGAAUUUUUGUCAUACUUCUGCUAUGUAAGCUUACUUAUGUCGAUCCGAGGCAAUUUGAUUGGAUGGUAAUCUUAUUCUGUUUCCUUAAAUGCGGACGAAUAUGGAGAAUGACGGUCGAUGACUCUCCCAAUAAGACCAUGCUUGGGAAACGAUACAGGGUCUAUAGAGAUGCAUCAUGUGGCCACAUUUUGUUUUGUGAAGCGUCGCAGGAAUUUAGUUUCACUUCGAAGAAGGUAUGUCAUUAAUUGCUUGGCCAUUAACUACUGGAAAACGCCAAUUGACGGUCAAUGUGGCGCUAGCGUUUAUAAAUAGGAAAUCAGAGAGCAAAGGGAUCUCUAUCCUUCCUUCUGUGGUAAGAAAUCACAUUCUCCGCCUGUUGUCAUGUCGUCGCCUUCAAAUCUACCACCUUUGGAGUUGAUUAAGAGACAGAUGAGAGAGCGGAAUGCCAUUGCAAGGGAUGCCCAUCGGAGAUACUUAACCUGUGAAAGGGAGAGAGCUAGACAGGCCAGUGCAUCCACUUCUCAUGGGGCUCCCCCUCCCUUGCCUCCUGCGAUCAGGCUUCUUCCUCAGCUUGAGCACAUCCCGCCUACAGUUUGGAAGUGCUGCAUUGUGGAGUUUCGAGAUUCUAUGGUGUUCAGCAUGGAAAUGCUCAAUGUUGCAGCUGCCGCCUUCAUCCAGGGCUUCGAUGAUUGUAAGGCCCGUCUGCUGAGGAUAAUGUCGUAUCUAGAACUUUAUGGCAUACAGACUGGCGGUAUCGAUGAAGAGGUGGAGACCUCGACGGAUGAAGAUUGAAUCAGCUCACUCGGACGGUGAGGAGGUAAAGUCCUUGAUGGACGAAGAUCGAACCAGCUCAUCUGGCCGAUUCGAUACUCCAUCAAUUGCAGCUCGAUGGACGAAGAUCGAACCAGCUCAUCCUCGAUGGACAUCUCUUCUCAUCUUCUCCUCUUAUUUUCCUCUCCUUCUUCUGCCAUCCUCUUCUUUUGCUAUCCUCCUCUUCUUUCUCUUAUCUUAUUUUCUUCUCUUGUUCGCAAGACGGUGCCUGGAGCAAUCAUUCUCUAAAAUGUUUGAAACACUAGCUUUUUCUUUAUAAAGUGCUUGGAGCACUAGCUUUUUCUCUGUAAGGCUUUAAUGAAUUAAAGGGAAAAGCUUUGUAUCCAAUUUUAAAUUUGUAUUUGUGAACUUUGUGAGUGUUGCUCGGCUCGUAAAGAGCAGCACAAAUAGGCGCUCAGAUCAGUGUAAGAAAAUGCUAAGUGCUCAACUCAGUACGAGUAAGGUAGGUUGCUCAGCUUACAACUUCGAUUGAAGUGAACAUAUUUAGAGCAAUUUAGAACAACUUGAAUGUAAUCUGGCCGUUCAUGAAUUUCAAUAAUUAUCUCAACAUUACCCUCCUACUCUUGAGUCUGAGACAAUACGUCAGGCGGGAGGAGUUUUGUUGAGGCAAUGUCUCUGGCCGUACGUUGUUCAUCUUUUUAUCCUUCUUCUGAAGAGGUUGUGUGCCAGCGGCGAGCUUGUGCCUAUGGCAUCUAGAGCUCUUCAAUGGUGUUCCAACGGUCUGAUUAGUUAUCCCUCCAGAGAUUUUCUAAGGGUCUUCCUUCGCUUCUCAUGCGACUCGAGCUUGUAGAGAUCUAGUAAGUUAGCCCCGCCUCAAAGUCACCAAGGUCUUCUCGAGGGUCUUGUAAGUUAACCCUCACGAGUGGCGUUGUAUGCCUGUGGCGAUCUUGUGCCUACGGCAUCUAGUACUUCUCGUCUUCACACGAGAUGCAGUGUGUGCCAGCGGUGAACUUGUGCCUACGGCAUCUUACACUCUUGACGGUAUUCUGAGUAUCUGAUAAGUUAUUCCUCCGAAGGUUUCCUAAGGAUCUCUCCCCACUUCUCGUGUGACUCGGGCUCUGCAGAGGUCUGGUAAGUUAGCUCCACUUCGAAGUCGUCGAGGUCUUCUCGAGGAUUUUAUAAGUUAGCCCUCACGAGUGGCGUUGUGUGUCUGCGGCGAUCUUGUACCUAUGUCAUCUAGUACUCUUUGUCUUCGUGACGAGAUGCAGUGUGUACCAGCGGCGAGCUUGUGCCUACGGCAUCUUGCACUUUCGAUAGCAUUCUGAGGGUCUGAUUAGUUAUCCCUCUGGAGGUUCCUUAAGGAUCUCUUCCUGUUUCUCGUGCGACUCAGGCUCUGCAGGGAUCUGGUAAGUUAGUCCCACCUCGAAAUCGUUGAGGUCUUCUCGAGGAUCUUGUAAGUUAGUCCUCACGAGUGAUGUUGUGUGCCUGUGGCAAUCUUGUACCUACGACAUCUAGCACUCUUUAUCUUCGCACGAGAUGCAAUGUUUGCUAGCGGUGAGCUUGUGCUUACGGCAUCUUGCAUUUUUCACGGCAUUCUGAGGGUUUGAUUAAUUAUCCCUCCGGAGGUUCUCUAAGGGUCUCCUCUGGCUUUUCGUGUGACUCGGACUCUGCAGGGGUCUGGUAAGUUAGCUCCAUUUUGAAGUCGUCGAGGUCUCCUCGAGGGUCUGAUUAGUUAUCCCUCGUAUUUUUUGACUGUAGUUAUAGCUCGAGGUUUUAAGUAGGAGGAGGCAACUCUAGGAGAACUCGGGUGUCCAUCGUAAAUUGAUGGCCCUGCAAAUUUUAUUUUUAUGAAAAAUAUUGUUACAUCAUUGACAAUAUAUGCGGAGGUUCACUGAGCUCCAUGGUCUGAAAAUUGGAGUCCCGUCAAGCUGCUUUAGUCUAUAAGCUCCUGAGCGUACCACUUCGUCCACUUGGUAAGGAUCUUUUCAGUUGGGUGAUAGCCUUUCUUCUAACAUCUGCUCGGUAGGCUGUGCGAUUUUGGCUCGCUGCAGCAUCAGAUUGUCAGAUCAAAGUUGAUCAUCAGGCGAGAAGAUCUGCAUUUUCCUACAAAAAAUUAAUUAGUCGGCAUUUGAUUAUCUCGUGAGCUGAUUUUCACCAUUCGGCUCGGAUUCUCCUUUUUCAGCGGGACAUCUAAAAAGUCCUCGAUUGGUCCAGAGGCUGGGACGAUCGAGGAUGGCGUUGUAAGCCAAGGGACUCCUCUCAUCUAGAUGAUCCUUCAGUAAUCGUGUGGAUUUCUCUUCAGAUGGGUCGCUUUUCUUCCGCCAUUCGCCCUUUGACCUGUUGCCGUUCUUGCCGCACUGGUGCUUGCUGCGGUUGAAGAUGAGGGAGAGGCUAUUGAGGUAGAGAGGGCGGCUGCUGAACUUUCGGAGCUUGACGUUGAGCGGCCACUCUUCAAAUAAAAUGAUUUAGCCACCCCUGCCUGACAAGCUUUUCGAUCUCAUUGCGAAGCUGGUGGCAGUCUUUAAUAUCGUGACCAUGGUCAUGAUGGUAGAAGCAGUAUUUAUUCGGGUCUCGACGGCGUUUCGUCUUGUUCUCAUCAGUCGAGGCUCAGGUAACUCAGGCCUCACUUGUAGCAACAUCUCUCUCCGAGAAACAGUCUGGGCGUGUAGCUCUCGGACAAUCGAGGAGGUGAUAGUUGUCGAACUCUUCUCGGAGGACUUCCGGAUCGACGAUUUUGACCCCCAUUAUUCCGCCUCGAGGGUGGCGAUCGGGAUCGCUGGCGUCUUUUUUCUUCUCGCCUCGGAUGGCGCUCCUUACUGGGUCCCAUCGCGGCUAAACCGGCAGGAGCAUCAUCAGCAAAGGUCUCUUUCAUGCGGGCAUACUUUUCUGCAUGGGUAAGCAUAUCCGGGAGAUCCCAGAGAUAAGUCUUAAUGAACAACUUUUUCAAGUCGUUCUUCAGCAGACCACUCAUCAUUGCGGCUAUCGCGGUCAACUGGUCUAGGUUUUGGACCUUCAGGAUCGCCAUGUUGAAUUUAUUCAUGAAAGAGCGGAUUGACUUGCCCUCUUUUUGCUUGAUGAUGUAAAGGUAGUCGGAUCGCUUCUGCUGUUGCCGACUGCUGAUAAAAUGAUCGAUGAAAGAUCGACACAAAUUUUCAAAGAAAUAAAUAGAUGUCGAUCUCAAACUCGAAUAUUACUAUCGAGCGACCCCCUUAAGGGUUGGAGGGAACGCUCGACAAAGAACUGCAUCCGAUGCUCCCUGAAGGAGCAUGGCAGUCUUGAAGGUCUCCACAUGAUCGACGGGGUCUGUUGUCCCAUCGUAGACCUCCAGCUGAGGCAGUUUGAACUACAGAGGAGGGAUUCUUGCAUAAUUCUCGAGACGAAGGGCGGCUGAUUGUUAUAUCCUUCGUAGGGCAGUGCCGAGGAGCCAUUAUUGUUGAGGGCUUUUUCUAUUUUCUGACCCAACUACUGGCCGAGCUCCUGAAACCGCCUUUCAAAAUCAACCUCAUGGACAGUACUAGCCUCGGAACGCAGAGGAGAUUGGCAUCCGGAGGUUGAGUCAUGGCCCAACUGUGGGCUCGGAGAUCAUCGCUUGACCGACUGUUGGGCCUUGAGGCGACUUUGAUGAGUCAACCUCCUCUCCAAACUUCGAGGAGGCACCUGCGGCUCUGGUUUAGGUGGUGGUUGCGGAGCUGCAAUCAAGGCAGGAUUCUGUGGGGGCGCCACUGUGGAAGGUACAGGCGGCAUCAUCGAGAGAAUUGUACGACGCACCACCGUAGAGGGUGCAGGGACAGCCUGUUGAGGCUGCGGCGCUACCUGGAAGGGCGCGAGAAAGGUCUAGACCGCUUGGAUCGCGGUCGUCAGAUGUUGAAUUUGCUGGAAGAGUUGAUCGAAUUGGUCAACCGUGACCUGCGCCGGUUGGGCCGGUUGAACCGAUGGAGAGACAAUCGGUUGAACUGGCGGAGGAAUUUUCGGCGCUAGCGGUUGACCCUGAUUGUUGGCUUGGCUGGCCGUCUGUCGGGAAGCGGCGGCACUAGAAAGUCGGAAAGAUGUCCGUCUUGAAGCUAUAAAUGCGAAUGUAGGCCCUUCCUCUAUCUGUUGCUGCUGAAAUCGGUUGAGAUCGGAAGAUAGAUAAUUUGAUCCUUGUGCAGGGAUGUUUGUGCUGGAUCGACCUACAAAACAAGUUCCCAAAUUGGAGGUUGUGGCUCCGGCGAGGAUCCUCCGAUGCUCAAAUCAAAAAAGUAGAGAACAAAAGAGUAGCAACAAGUUCUCUGAGUGGGAUUUUAUUUGACUUACCUGGGUCCUCGAGGUGCUGGCUGUUUAUAAAGAAGAAUGUUAGACAGCUGGGUUGUUAACUGUGAGAUUGCACGAUCCCGAGAUUGCCGGAUCAUUGGGCAUUUCAAACUGGGUGAGACAAUUCCGCCCUUAAUCGCUCCCGCGAGAUCAGGGGAGAUGGUUGCACCAAAUUUUAUCUAUUCAGGAUAGACAGCUAUUGCACAUGUUGAAGAGAUAAGUCGGCUAAGCAGCUCAUACACAGAUUAGACUUCGGGGAUGCCUCAGCUCAGUAUGGAGGCGAACUCAGCUCAUACGGCGGUCAGCGGCAGUGUUGACGACUUGAGAACUUGACAUUUCUUGGGAUAUAGUGUUGAUCCAAGAUGCUUACGAUAACCACCGUAAUAGGUAUCAUUGGAUUGUACAGUAGGAUCGAGCUUUAAAAGCUUUAAAUAAAUUUGUUGAGUGAUGCGUUUCUGAAGCUUAAAACGAUUGCUUGAAGAUUCGGAAAAAGAUCGAAGGAAAUUUCAUUAAUUACCUGGGUCGUGCAGCACUUACAUUCAAUUGACCAUUAGACUGGCAGAAGAGGAAACUGAUUUUCAGACAUAUUCCUGUGGAGAAUUAAAAUACCUUCGUAAGGGAAAUUCUACCAAAAUAAGAGAUUUAGCUUCUCAACAUUUUUAUCUGACCUCUAUAUGCAAUUAAAAGUGGUUCCAGUAUUUCCCCUUUACAACUAGACAUACCCCCAAUAGAUGCAUAGGUGAUCACCUUUCAACAUCAAAAAUUCAGUGAUCGAAGCUAUUGGCGUAGUUCUGCUGGAUGUAUGAGAAGGUUGGGUGGCGAUUGAGCGGGUUGGAAUAAGAUGCCUUGACAGGUAGGAGGUUGCUGCAGCAGAUGUGUGGCAGCAUCUGCUACAGCCAGCAAAACUAUUGACUAUUAUUUUAGGUCCACUUUGUAGUUCUUCAUGAUUUAUUCCUACUGUGGCCUACAUCUUGUACCACUAGGAAUCUCUGCAAAUCCUGUUCUUAGAAUAUAUUAGGAUCUUUCUUCCAUUUGAGGUUUUCCAUUAUUCAUAUGCCAUAUCAUAUAAAUCACAAUAUCCUUUAACUUUUUUUUUUUUUGCUUGCAUAUGCCAUGUCAUAUAAAUCAGAUCAAGGUCUCAUUUUCCCCAAAUGCUGCACGCUUAUGUACUUAAUUGUAAACUUUGUUCUUGUUUCAUCACUCGUUCUCAUCUCU